AUGUCGAAACCAGAGAUCAAACAUUAUGGAUUCGGAGUUAUUCCCCGAAAGGAGCCCGUCGUCGACGUUGUUGCUAUCCAUGGUUUAGACGGUCAUAGAGAGAACACCUGGACGGACGGUGGAAUCCUUUGGCUGAGCCAUUUCUUGCCCCUCUCGUUGCCCCGCGCUAGAGUUCUCACGUACGGGUAUGAUGCCGAUACUCAACACGAGACAUGCGUAUCGACACAGAAUAUACAUCGGCAUGCUCAGAAGCUAGCUCAGUCCCUUUCAAUGAACCGUAAAGACGACCCUCGUCGUCCCAUCAUCUUCAUCGCACACGAUCUUGGAGGUAUCAUUCUCAAAAAGGCACUUGUCAUCUGCCACAAUCAGACUCUAGAUUCGGAAGGAGUCCUCCGAGAUAUUCUGGUAUCCACACAUGGCAUCUUAUUCUUUGGAACACCACACUCUGGUCUGGACGGCAACUUUCUUGAAAGGCUCAAGCGCUCGGCACCCUGGCGCAUGAAAACGACCGAGGUGAUCACAAAAGAUCUCGAGGCACACUCGUCCGAACUCGAAAAUAUACAAAGUUUGUAUGUCGAAGCGAGUAAGAAGAUAACCAGCGUAUUCUUCUGCGCGGAUUACGCAAACGCCACGAAUGAAAAGCGACCACGAAUGAAUGUUCCAUACCACUCGGCGACCAUCCCGGGCGACCGUAAUGCCACAACGAUUGUCCUCUCGUGUGACCAUCAGAAUCUGGUCAGGUUUUCUGAUCCAACGAGCGAAAGCUACCAGACGGUUCUGUAUCAUCUCGACGCGUGGUGCAAGUCGGCCCCCGAUUCGGUGAAGGGCAACUGGAAUAUAGAGGACAACUUACGCAGUUCUGCCAAAGGAAAUCAUCAUCCAUCGGCCGACGCAUCUCUGUUAUUCCAGUUACCAGAGGUGGCAUUUGUUGCAUCCUCGGUUCAUAACAAGUGUCUACAAGGAACUCGACAGGCUGUCCUCCAGACAAUCCAGAAUUGGGCUGUGGACGAUACCUCGGAUAAGCCAAUAUUCUGGCUCUGCGACAUAGCCGGCUCUGGCAAGUCCACAGUUGCAAUGUCAGCAGCCGCGUCAUGGCAUGUGGACGGAAAGCUCGGAGGGCAGUUCUUCUUCUCGAUGGCCAAUAGCGAUACAUCGACAAUAGAAAAGUUCUGCUCGACCAUGGCAAGAGAUCUUGCCCAACACAUUCCCGAACUCGCACCCCACGUCGCAGAUGCCGUCAAACGGAACCCAUCCAUCAUGCGGAGUUCGUUGGAGGACCAAUUCCACACACUCAUCAUCGAUCCACUCCGUCAUCGAGACGGACGCGUCGUUCUUGUCGUCGACGCCCUAGACGAAUGCAAAUCUGGACCUCAGCGAAAGGAACUUGUCGACACGCUUGCUAAAGCCGUCCAACAAAGCAAGGAACUCAAGAUAUUCAUCACGAGUCGGCCAGAUGCCGUCAUCGAAUCGGUUCUUCAACCACUCUCGAUCAAAUGUAAAUUGGAAGACCGGCUGCAUGAUGUCAAACAUCGUGACAACGUAGAUGACAUCGCGACGUAUGUCCAUCAAUCACUCUGCACUGUUCUACCCGAGGACAAGAGACGGCGGCUGAUUGAGAAGGCGAGGGGAUUGUUCAUCUGGGCGAGCACCGCAUGUCGAAUGAUCAACAACGAAACAACAUGGGACACGCCUGAGAACAUAUACGACUCAUUGGUCUUAUUGGACCAAAGUGGAGACAUCGACGACGUAUACAAGCUCAUCUUCGAGCGGAUAGAUCCCAAAUUCCAUACCAUCAUGUGGAGCAUGCUUGCAUUACUGCUUGCUGCAUUCGAACCACUUACCUCCGAGGAUCUAGACAAUAUUCUCAAGCAUAGUAGACUACGGGGACAUUCAGGGUGUUGA